AAUCACAGCCGCUUUAGAGUCAGAAUGGACCAAUCACAGCCGGGAGGCUGCUUGUCAUUUGAUCGGUUACAGGUGCUUCACAGGUAAAUCGAAACCAAAAGAAGCAGUUCCUCCUCCGUUAAGAUCGCUGUAAACUUCUGUCUUAAUAAUCGGUCAGUUUGGGAUUCAGACCCCAGCAUGUCCAGCACAGUCAUACCCAUGAACUCUUCAACGCUCAUCAUCCAGCUUCAACCGCCAACACAAGCAGCACCUGUUGUGACGGGGACAAAUGCUCCUGUGCCUGUUUACGUACAACGGGUGGCGGGAGUGUCACCUCUUCGUGGACUUCAGGCGUUUCUGAAAGGCCAACCCAAAGCCCUUGGGACGGUUCAGAUAAUGAUCGGUGUGCUGACUUUCCUGUUUGGCAUUGUGUCUACAGUUUUUGCACAGUCCAUCUUUGUUAUUAUUGGUCUUCCUUACUGGGGAUCUCUCAUCUACAUUACAGCAGGCGCACUCUGCAUUUCUGCAGAAAAUAAAAUUAAUUCACCUUCCAGUUUGUGUCUGGUGAAUGCUUCACUUGGAAUGAACAUUUUCAGUACUUUAACCGCAGGCAUCGCCAUUAUUUUCACUUCACUGGAUCUGGCUUUAGGACCAAUGAACACUUACUGCAGCAGUUAUGACUGUUAUUAUUUAGAGACAAAGUAUAAGACUCUCUUCAGGGGAAUCAGUGGUGUAUUGUUGGUAUUCUCCUUGCUUGAGUUUAUCAUCUCCAUCUGUCUGUCAGCAUUUGCCUGUAAAGCUAGCUCCUGCUGUUGUCCUUCUCAGGUGCAGUUUGUCCCUCAAGUUCUACCUCCACAGCCCCUCUGA